AUGAAAGCAUUGCUGGUUCUGAGUGCGGUUCUUGGAGCCGCCUACUGCGGCGGUGGCGGCGGCGGUGGUGGCUGGUCCGGAGGAGGCAGUGGAGGUGGUGGCUGGUCCGGAGGAGGCGGUGGCGGUGGAGGCUGGUCCGGAGGUGGCGGCGGCUCCGGCGGUGGUAAAACGUACAUUGUCAAAAUCAAAGGAGAUGGUGGCGGAGGAGGUGGACACGGCGGUGGAGGCGGCGGAUGGUCAGGAGGAGGCGGUGGAGGUGGCUGGUCCAGUGGAGGAGGUGGAGGAGGUGGUGGUUGGUCCAGUGGAGGAGGUGGAGGCGGCGGAUGGUCCGGCGGAGGUGGUGGUGGAGGCGGUGGAAAAGUGAAGAAAACUUACAUCGUCACCAAACUCAGCGGCGGAGGAGGCGGUGGUCACGGAGGCGGUGGUGGAUGGUCCGGCGGAGGUGGAGGAGGUGGCGGAUGGUCCGGCGGAGCAAACUCGACGCAUCUCGAUCCCACUCCUUCCGGAAUGGGUAGCUCCACGCUGAAUAACUAUAUCUGA